AUGGCAAGAGUAAAUGAAAAAAAUAUCCAAUCAUCGCAUCGUGAAUUUUUGACAGUUGAAAAUUUCAUCGGUGUAUGGCUAGAUGCUAAUAUUAAUCACCGAAGUGAUGAUUAUCAAUCACUUUUUACCCAAGUACAACAGUUAAUUGAUUUAAUUGUGCCAUUUACCGAUCCAGAAUCAUGUAUGGAUUUUAUAAGUGAUAUAAAAAAUGAAAAAAUUUUUUUAAUUAUAUCUGGUAGUUUAGGAGAAAAAAUGAUAUCACUUCUACAGAAUUUCUCUCAAAUUAAUUCAAUUUAUAUAUAUUGUGAUAAUAAAGCUAAACAUGAAAAAUGGGCAAAUAAAGAAAAAAAAAUUCAAGGAGUUUUUACAAAGACUCAAGCAAUUUAUGAUGUAUUUAGACGAGAUAUUCGACAAUGUCAAGAUGAUUUAGUUUCAUUUAAUAUGUUAUCAUCAACAUAUAAUAUAAAUCAAUCUGAUCAAUUAUUUAUUUAUAUACAAAUACUUAAAGAUAUUCUUAUACAUAUGGAAUGUGAACCUAAUAGUAAAUUAGAUUUUAUAGAUUUUUGUCAUUCACGAUAUCAACAUAAUCCUUAUCAAUUAGAUAUUAUUAGAGAAUUUAAGAAUGACUAUAAACAAUCGUCAGCUAUUUGGUGGUACACAAGAGAAUGUUUUAUUUCUUCCAUGUUAAAUAAAGCAUUUCGUAUACAUGAUAUAGAUAUUUUAAUAAAAAUGAAAUUUUUUAUUCAAGAUCUUCAUCAAGAAAUCAAAAGAUUACAUUCAAAAUUGAAUAAACAAAAUCAUUUAACUAGUUAUCGAGGACAAGGAAUAACUGAAGAAGAAUUUCAAAAAAUUCUAGACAAUUCAAAUGGUUUUAUUUCAUGUAAUAAUUUUUUGAUAACAACUACUGAUAAAAAUGUAUCAUUAGUUUAUGUUUGUUCUGCUCGUGAUAAUCAUGGAUUAGUCGGAGUUAUAUUUCAAAUAAAUAUUGAUCAAUCACAAGCAAUAUUUACUCCAUUAGAUAAAAUAGAUUAUUAUUCAGAAUCAACAAAAGAAAUACUAUUCACAAUAAAUACUAUAUUUCGAAUUCAUAAUAUUCAUCAAAUAGAAAAUGGUCUAUGGGAAAUACAAUUAGUUUUAACCACUGAUGAUGAUGAACAAUUAAAAAAUAUUAAAAGACUGAUGCAAAAAGAAUUCGAAGGUAAAAAUGAAAUUGAACAGUUGCAUGCAAUAAUAACUAAAAUGCAAAUGCCUGGUGAAUUUCAAUCGGAACAUAUAGAAACACAGACUGCACACGAACAUCCAGUUCAUGAGGAAACUGGAGCGCACCAUAUAGACAUGGAAACCGUACAGGAAAAUACACGGAAUGAUGGAUUUGUAUCAGAACAUCCUGCGGUAGCUUCUGAGUAA